CGAUCAAUUAAAACUUCCGCUGAUGCCGCCAGGGCAGCACUCGCACGCAUUCCGGUCGACACUUUCAAAAUAGAACCGAGAGGUUUCUCCGUCGCGGAGUUUGAGCCAAACAUCGACACACCCUGUCACGGUGCUUUUGCCUUGAAAGGUCGGUGACCGCGGUGGCCGGUCCAGUGUAACAUCGCCGCUCCACGCUGGGAGGGAGUCGUCCGCCAGACGGACGCGCAAGUUCGCUCGGGGAAAGACGGCCGCCGCCCGCCGCCCGAAGUCGACGCUCGAGGGUUGUCUCAUUUGACGGCGUCGCGCAGCGCUAGCUACGGGAGAGCUAACGGGCUAACUGAGCUGCUCGCCGGGGUCUGUCGCUCACGCAGAGCAAAUGGAGAAAGCUAAACAAGAUGCCUUCGACAAUGCCAGACUGCAAGUGAUCAGAGAUGGCUACGAGAGAGCCUUCGAGUGCAUCAAUACAGGACUGACAGCAGACGAGGCCGGAGACAAGGCUCAGGCCCUGGAGCUCUACAAGCGAGGGCGACAGCACCUCCUCAGGGCCACCAGCGUGCCCUCACAGGGAGAGGAGUGCGUGGGCAGCUCCUGGGAAUCGGCCAGGCAGAUGCAGCAGAAGAUGCAGGAGACGCUGAACAACAUCACCACUCGCCUGGCCAUCCUGGAGACCAGCUCUGACCAUGGAUCUGCGCCUACGCUGCGCACCACCGGUGCCACGGGCAUGUCUGCAGACUGUCUCUACCCAAAAAUCCCCACCAAAGAGAAGCCAGAGAGGCCAGCUCCAACCAAGCUGCUCUCCGCUAAUGGCCAGGCAGCAGGAGCCGUAGGAGGCACGCCUGCGUGCAGUAGCGUGGGUCUGCCUCUUUCGCCUACCAGACAGCUUCUGGUCCCAGCCGAUCAGCCGCCGGCUUACUCUCCUCAUGCGGCUGAUGGCCACCUAUCUAUUUCAUAUGGAACAGAUGUAGGCGAGAUGUCAGUGGUGGGGGAUGAGUUCUACAGCCGCACAUCUACCUCGACACCGUCUCCCCAGAGCAUGGGCGAGGAAGGAGAGGAGCUGCUGUACAUCCCUUAUGGUGUGCAGAUAUUCUACGUCACACCUGAAGGUCAAGUGAGUGCCCCGUCCUACCCUGGCUACCUGCGGCUGGUGAAGUUUACUAGUGAUCACUCUGACAGAAUGCCCAACCGACCACCAGCAUUUCUGCAGGUGUGCGACUGGCUGUAUCCUCUCAUGUCUAUGGACUCUCCAGUGUUGCUGUGUAACACUGGUGUGUUCAUGUUUCCGGACAUGAUGGCGCCAGCUCCAGGCUAUUAUGUGGGGGUGGUGUUGUCCUCUGAGCUGCCUGCUACAGAAAGGGAAUUGUUCCAGGACCUACUUUCCCAGAUGACAGAUCUCAGGGUCCAGGCACCAGAUGAAGCUGCAGACACCAUUAAUCUCAGUCAGAAAGUGUCCAUCGCUACACCUGAGGAGACUGCACCAGCAGCGACCGAGGAGGAUAAGGCUCUGCCCGAGUGGAGUGAAAAGGUGGCAAGUGGGAUCCUGACAGGCGCGUCCUGGUUAAGCUGGGGUCUGGUGAAAGGAGCUGAGUUCACAGGCAAGGCCAUUCACAAAGGGGCAUCCAAACUCAGAGAACACAUCACUCCAGAGGACAAACCCACCCACGUCAGCCCCACGGUCACCAAAGGCCUCCACGUUGCCAAGCAAGCGACGGGGGGCGCCGUCAAAGUCAGCCAGUUUCUAGUGGACGGGGUGUGUGCUGUCGCUGGCUGUGUGGGCCGGGAGUUGGCUCCACACGUGAAAAAACAUGGAGGCAAGCUGAUCCCCGAGUCUAUGAGGAAAGACAAGGAAGGGCGUUCCAACAUAGACGGAGCCAUGGUGGUGGCUGCUAGUGGAGUGCAAGGGUUUGCAACCAUGUGGACUGGUUUGGAAGUAGCAGCAAAGAACAUUACUACGAGUGUUGCAUCAGAGACAGUCACCACUGUAAAACACAAGUACGGAGCAGCAGCAGGACAAGCCACAGACCACGCUGUAAAUUCUGCCAUUAAUGUCGGUCUCACUGCCUUCAACAUUGACAACCUGGGGAUUAAGGCUGUGGUGAAAAGGACUGGAAAGCACACGGCGCAGGCCAUUUUGGAAGACUACAAGCUCCAGGAAAAACCCGAGAACGAGAAGCAAGUGGAGAAAUAUGAGAAAUAGCCUUUAGUGCCCUCCCUCAUUCCCUCAGCAGCGCCUUAAAACAUCACUUUUAGUCCUCUAAAUAAUAAUAUAUAUUUAAUCUAAAUUAUUUAUAAAAGAUGUUCCAUAUGUGCGAGACAGCUACUGUCAUAUACAUAUCCUGAAAGUUUGAUACAGCUCUUAAGCACUUUAAUUUUUGUGUAAAAUGAGGUAGAUGGACCUAAAUGUGGAGAAAAAGGAAGAUUAUACUGUAUAACCCAGAUUAAAAUCUCUACAGUACAUUAAAACACAAUAUAACAUUCAGGUAUUAUCACUUACCUUGAGAAUAACAGUUUAACUCUGCUGUUUGUACUAAGAAAGUGGUUGUUGACUAGACGCUGGAACUUUUCCUAAUCUUCAAGAAGUAUCUGUGUGAGUUUUCCCCAGAUAGGGUAAGUGCAAUUUAUAUACUUUGAAUGAGAGAUGAAAAAUAUUACCUACAUGUCAAUAUUUUCAGAUAUGAUGGUUUGAGACAAAAUAUUGUGUGCUAUACUGUUGUUUUCCCCUGGGGUGUUGAAAAUGAGAAGUAAUCACUGCUGCUCGCCGUGCCUGCAAAUUUCAAAUGAUAUGCAAAAAUCGAAUGUUUUGUAAAACUGAAGCUGUCAAACAUGUCCAUAGUUUAUUAUGUAUUUUUGUUAUAUCUCUAAUAUGUAGCGAGAGCUAUUGCUGUCUAAAGCUGUAAAACUGAUGUGUUCUGCUACAAUCUGCAGUGCGUUUCAGUUCACUUAUAGCCACAUAUUUUCAAAAUGUUGAUGUUUAUAGUAUUUCAUAUGAAAUUAAUGUUUUAUUUUUAUUUUUGAGUGAAGUGAUCUGGUUUGUCUCUUUUCAAAUUCCAGCUUUAAGCCCUCAGCAGGUAACUCUAAUUUCCAGAUGGCUUUCAAGUACUCCACUAGUUGCGCAUUGAGAUUUCUUUACCACCUGAAAUAAUGAGAUUUUUCUGAAAAAAUAAAAUGUUUGA